AAAAGCUGAGCUCAAUGGGGAAGAAGACGAAGCUCUCCUCUCUGUUCAGAGGAAGUGCCCGAGGAUUACUGUCUUCUCCUCUCUGCUCCAAUGCGAAAACACUUUCAUUCCGAGUCAAAGACGACGACGACGACGACGACAUGAUCAAGACGGUUAACUCGGUCUUCUUCGACCACAACCACAACGGAGAAGAGGCCGAGACGCCCGAGUCAUGGUUCACGAACUCGUCCGAGACGGCGAGUCACUCAACAACCGAGUCGGAACAAGACCUCGACGCGGAGUCGCUGGAGACGGUCGUCAGAGGAGUGGUUAGAUCGGAGCGGCUGUUCUUCGAUCCACCGGGAGUCGCUAGCUCCAUGAUCGUGGAAGAGACCGACGAGAAACCGAAGAAGGCGGUGGAAGAGGAUCGGGAUCGUAUCGAGGAGAUCGGCGUCUCGGUGGCGAUGGAAUCGGAGGAUCCGUACGGGGAUUUCCGGCGAUCGAUGGAGGAGAUGGUGAGGAGCCACGGCGAGUUGGCGAAGGACUGGGAGAGCUUGGAGUCGAUGCUCGAGUGGUACUUGAGGAUGAACGAGAGGAGGAGCCGCGACGUGAUCAUCAGCGCUUUCGUCGAUCUCGUCUACGGACUCUCCGAUGAUGGUUCUGGUGGCGGGACGUCGUCGGUGUCGGAUUCGGCUCGUUACUCUACGGCCGUAUCGUCUUUGCCGUCGUCGCCGUUAUAUUCGUUAUCGUCUAAAGGUCAGACGGAGGAGAUUGAAGAAGAAGAUGAGAGACGGAGCCGUUAGUUUUGUUUGUUUGUAAUUCUAAUUUUAAUAUCCUUUUAUCGGAUUAACUUUUUUUGGAUUUAUGUAAAAAGUAAUUGUAGUGGUUAGUGGAAAAUCAUAUAUUUUGUUCGUAGCGAAAAUAUGGAAAUAGUAGAAAUAAAUAGUAUUUUCUUUAAGAUUUUAGUAUAAUAUGAAACAAAAAUACGUUUAUUGAAUAAACGCAGUGAAAUAAG